AUACGGAAGGAGAGAUAACUGUUUUGUUGUAUGUAUGUGAAUGCUGCGUCUCUCAGGUUAAAUUAUUUUCUGUACUUUUACUUUGUUCAUAUAUUUAUUUCACUGAAAAGUCGUAUACAGUCUAAAGAGGUGAGACAGGUGGAAAGCAAGACUCGAAGAUAAAUAGAAUUAAAACUUUAAAGCGACAAAGCCGAGGCGAGUACAGGUUCUGAAGAGGAAAUGGUUUAGCAUCGCAUGAAGGACGUUUCCGAGAUGGAAUCUUUUUAUAUCAAACAGGAGUCCAGCGAGCCGCCAUCCGCACCCUUGAAGUGUGUUGUUUCAGAGGACUGGAGUGUUCAGAUCAAGGAAGAGGUGACAAGGGUGGCUGACAGUCCUGGGUACAUAACAACCGAGAGCACUGGAGACGACGAAGGCGAUAUUAAACAAGAGGAAACAUCACAGACCAGUAGCACUGUGACACUGGAUGUUAAAUCAGAACAUGGAUCGUAUCCCUGCCCUCACUGCAACUUCUCUUUUACUGGUGCCCAGUAUCUGGAGAAGCACACAAAGAUGGCACACAGAGAAGAAUACGUGAAGAUACUGAGAAACCAGGCCUCUUUGCACAGCACUGAAUAUGAUAAGAUUUUCAAUGACUUGGAAAGCCUCAAGAAAAACAAGAGAUUGCGCUUAGGAGGACCACCCUAUUACUGUAUUGAAUGCGGGAAUAGUUUCAGUCAGUUGGGAGCCCUUAAAAUACACAAGCGAAUUCACACAGGAGAAGCCCCUUUCCUGUGUACCGAAUGUGGGAAAAGCUUCAAGGCUUCAGGAGACCUGAAAAUACACCAGCGAAUUCACACAGGAGAGACACCAUAUCACUGUGCUGACUGUGGGAAAAGGUUCAGCCAGCUAGGGAGCUUCAGAAGCCACCAGAGGACUCACACAGGAGAAGCUCCGUAUUAUUGUUACGAUUGUGGGAAGAGUUUCAAGCAGCCAGGAAAUCUUAAAAAACACCAGCGAACCCACACAGGAGAGAGGCCGUAUCACUGUUUUCAAUGUGGGAAAAGUUUCAAGCAGUCGGGAGACCUGAAAAUACACCAGAGAAUUCACACAGGCGAGAGCCCAUACUGGUGUGCUGAAUGUGGGAAAAGAUACAAGGCUUCCAGGGACCUGAAAGUGCACCAGCGCGUUCACGCAGGAGAGAAACCGUAUCACUGCUCUGAAUGUGGGAAGAACUUCAGUCGGUGUAGGAGCCUUAAAAUCCAUCAGCGAAUUCACACUGGAGAAAACCCAUAUGACUGUACUGAUUGUGGGAAGAGUUUCCGGGUUUACAUGCAACUGAAGAAACACCAGCGAAUACACACAGGAGAGACAAAAACCUUAUGACUGUUGUGAGUGUGGGAGAAGCUUCAAGCAGUCCCAACCCCUUAUAGCACACCAGAGGACACACACGGAAGAAACGUGUAUGUCUGUACUGAACGUGAGAGAAUUUUAAGCAGCUAAGAUCCUUUAAAAGACAUCAGAGAACUCACAAAGGAGAUAAUCUGUAAACAUAUACACUAUAUGGCAGUAGUACUUAAUUAUGGCCCUUGAGAUCCAUUCCAGUCCAGGUUUAUACUCCAAGAAGGUUCUAAAAUAGUUAAUUGAGCCUUCUAAGAGGCAAUUGUCUAAUUUAGGACCCGAUUGAUAUAAAACCUGGAUUUGAAUGGAUCUCAGGGGCCAGAUCUGAGUACCACUGCUGUACGGAAUACUUCUGCACCCUAUAAAUAAUUUUAUUUUAAAGGAAAGUAUUCAGUCUUCAGGGAACCAGGGAGAGAGGCAGAUAGAUAAGUUCCUGCUUUUUGUAAUUGUAACUACUACAUUUGGUGACAUUGUAAGGUGGUGUUUGAAUUGGCUGAGUUUGUGUGUGAUUAGUACCAGGUGAGUGGCUAAAUUGAUUAGCAGUUGAUUUUGCUAUUUGAUUGGUUUCCACACAGUUUAGUUGGUUCUUUUGCCAAGCAGGGGUAACAACAUUUAUUCAAGCAGCUUAUUUUAGCGCCAGCACGAAGCGCCAGCCAACAGAAGAGCCUCAACAAAAGAGCCGGGAGUCUAGCUGUGGGAGUCGACAGGUAAC